UUUCUUGGCGCGCGCGUCCGCAGGAUCAUCGGGGCACGCCACGGCGGAUAGGCGCUCAGUUGGAUUCGAGGGCGUGCGCGGCGAGCAGCGACGCCGCACGUUAGCGUCAUCGGGCACCGACAACGAGCUCGCCUCUCGUUUGAUUCGCGAGCGAACGCAACCGCUUCCAAUCGGCAGUCCAACGCCGAAAGCCGCUCGCCGCCAUGUCGCCACUCUACGCGAUCCUCGCGGUCGUGCACGCGUCAGCGGGCUUGGAGCUGGUGCUCAAGCAGCCAGAUUACGACAAUAGUCUGCGAGGCGCGCUCGAAGAGCACUCGAUAGAAAACUUGACGCUGCUGUCGAGUAACGGGCCAACCAAGUUGAACUUGCGCGACUGCCAGUCAUGCGACACGGACGUGCGCAUGGAAGCCAUUAUCGAGCGCCCGGGGAGUACGUGUUCCUUCCCGGUGUUCGGCUGGGAGGACGCCAAGCGUUACGUCAGACUCUUCUCGUCGGGCAGGCAGCUCGAGAUUCUGCAAGUGAUCAAGAUUUUUCAUCGUCCCGGCAACAAUUCCAUGGAUUUGUUCGUCGUCAACAUGGCCAACUGCGAGUUCACCAAAACGGAGACUUUGCGGGGCUACGAUUACUUUGCCGCUGGUGGCGCGUUUAUCGUCUUCGAGCCCGAGAAUACCGAGUACUUGGAGAUUUUCUCACUGAACGGCGAGAAGGAAUGCGGCACGCGAGUCUGCCGGCGCAAAUUCGACCUUGCAAGUCGGGAAAUCGGCAUGCCGAUGAAAUUCCCACUGCUCGACGACCAAUUCCAAGGCUGGCAAUUGACCUUCCUGGCGGCGUCGAGCGGCAAAGGCUACUUCGCCAUCGUCAGAAGCGCGGAGGCUCGGAUCAAGCUGCUGUCGGUGAACGCCGACGGGGAGCUGAUCAACUCCAGCGACGACAGCGCCGAGAGCAAAGUGCAUUUGCUGAAAAUGUCCACUGAUCACGGCGCGUUUGGCUUCUGCUACACCCUCGACGACGAGCAGGAGGAGGUGCACUGCAUGCAGCUCGACGACAGCCUCCGCGUCCUCGCGAACGCCACGCGCGAUGUCGGCUACAGGCCCAGCUUUCUCGCCGUGCACAAUUUGCCCGCGUCCGGCGGUCUUCUGCUGCUCGUCGUGCGCUGCGACGUCACUUCCGACUGCCGCGAGCACCAGAUGCAAAUUAUUAAGCUCGACAGCGACGGCGCCGUCAGCCAGCCGUACGCCGACUUCAAAGACGAAGGAUGCGCCCCGAGUAACCAGCAGCAAUUUCAUUUUUACGAGGACAACGAGCAGAUUUGCGUUUUCUAUGCCUGUGACUUGAGCGUCGAGGAGGGCAAUACUCAGAUGACUGUCAGAUAUCGUUGCUUUUAAUUUUCACAUUUUGUUGUGAGAUUUUGUCUGGUAAUACGGACUGCUCGUACAAGUAGCCAAUUCGUCGAAUAAGUUGGAACGAAAACUGAACUCAGUCGUUAUAAAAAUACAAAUUUUCAUUGCUAUCAUCAAAAAGAAAACGCAGUUUUUCAUAACUUUUUCAUUAUUGCUUUUCGCUUUCGAAAAACGACUCGAAACAUUCAAGGUCUCACAGCGACUUCUAUGUAUUUCAUUAUAUCAUUUAUCGAACCACAUAAAUGCGUAAUAAAUCAAUGUUAGAUAUGAUCAUGAACGUGAAGCUUCUUUUCAUC